CCAUAGACAAGGAUUCCCCUGUUUAAAAAAGCAUUAGGUUCGAUUUGCUUUGCAACUGUUACAUUUUGUCUAAUUCAAUCUCUAAAGAUCGUUUCUAUACAGAUCCGUACUUUAAUUCUAAAAAUUAUAAUAAUGCAAUAAAAAACUAUAAAGUAAUUUAGUAAUUUUAAUAUUCUUGAAAUCUGCCUUUUAUACCUAAAACAUAAUAUUAGUAAGCACGAAAAGGUACACUUACACGUUUUGAAAGAAUAUAAUUAUACAUACUAUUUCGUUUAUAAAAACGUACGUAUCAAAGUUAAAAACUUAUACCUACAAUAACUUUGUCACUUCAUCUCUUUCCCGUGGGCUGGGUGCGAAAUAAAAGCUCUACGGCCAGAAGCCCGAGCGCAGCGACCAAACAGGAUGUCGGACUGGUUCUCGCACACUCGCACAUUAUACGGUCGUAUACGUGAGCGAGCGAUGCACACAUAGACGCGCGGCCUCGCCACCGCCGCCGCGCCGCUCACGGAAAUGUGCUGCCGAAGGCUCACCUCUAUCGCCUACUAAACUGUAUACUCGAAUACGGCUCUGCAUUUUUACAGUACAGAUAAAGUUUACAGCGUAUAUUAAAUGGCGACACUGUGUUGUCUUUAAAAAUUAUUUUAUUUUUGAGAAUUGACAAACAAAUAAUAGGUAAUAAGCUCGUUUUGAAAAAAAAUAUAUAUAUAUGCUAAUUCUAUUUAACAUACCUAAAGUAUACAAAUAUCCAUGGAGAAGGCCCCUGCUCCAGCUAGUGGAGAUAUUAUAAUAAGCUAGUUUUCAUUAGAGCGUUUUCAGUAAAGUAAAAAUGAUGAAGCCUAUAACUAUAACUAGUACCGUUCUUACAAAGAACAAACCGAAUAUAAUUCUAAAGUUAGUUUAUGACAAAUAAAUAAUUUAAUAAAUGAAUACAGGUGAAUCGCGAGAAUUCGUCUAAUUGCUAUAGUAGAGUAAGUAGGACCAUAACAGGUCCAUAACAAAGCGGCCCUUUGCAAUGAAUGAAAUUACCGAGACUCGGUCACGUGCGCUAUUGUACUGAAACUAAACGAGCUAAUGAUUAAUCGGUCGUUCGAUCGCCUCUCGAUUUUGACGUAAAUAGCGCUAUACAUCUUCACGACUAUGAAAUGUUAUCAAUGAAAGACAAAAAAUAAACAAAAAAUAUUACUACUGCCUAUACAGUCGUAAACAAUCGAAUGAAUACGCGUUUUAUAUUUACAUAUCGCGUGGGCUCAUCAUUAUAUUAGAGCGGCUGAAGAGCAACACAGCUGUUAGACGUCCGUUUUUAUACAAAGUUUCUGGAUGAAAGUUAAUUUUGAGUAUGGACACCAUUAUAAUUUGAUAGCUCGUAUUCUACAUAUACCUACUUUAUAAAAUAUAAUUUUCAUUAAAUGUAUAUUGUACCUUCUAUAUAUGUUUGGUUGUAUUCUGUACAGUACAAUAUGUGAAGUGACUUUGGUGAGAUGGAACGUAGGUAGCUAUAGAGCGCUAGUUAGAGUCGGACGGCCGCUACUCGAUGAUAUUAUGUUGCACAGCUGUGUGCACGUGCACAGCACACAGACAGACGCGCGCCUCCGCCCCGCCCGUCCCUCCUCACCCACCGCGCCCGUCCACUCGACAUGGCUUAGCGCGCUGUGAAGCAAUGCCGUACCGCCAUCUAUUCCGUCUCUACAAUGCCAUAGAAAGUUCGUUCGACUCGCCUCGCCGACCGAACUUUUCCUACCUUCUCGUUUUGAACGAGAAGAAUCAUUAUUGCGCCGCUAUUCCGAAUACGACUUUAACUCGCACGCUAGCGUUUCUUUAUGGUUAUAAUUUUGAAUAAGCAGUAACUCCGACCGUCGACGCUACUGCGAGCGACCUGGUUAUAAAACGCCGCAUAUUCAAGACUGGCGAUAAAAUAAACGUCGGACGUUUUCCAAGUUUCGAGCGGAGAGAACGAACGAGCGACGCGCCGCGCAUCAGAAAAAGAACUUUACGACAAGAUUAGAAAGAGCGAGCGGAGCGGCAACGUCGCACAGCCGCGUUCCACAGAGGCGCAGAGUGGCAACGCCGUAUGGCAACGUCAUUUACUAAAUUUAUUUUCAUGAGCGCCAGCGCUGGCGACG